ACGACAUCAUAUCGCUGAUAUUCGAAAAAAGGAACGCGCUACUAAAACUAGUGAAUUUAUAUAUAUAAGCGUAAUACGUUAUAUAAGUAUGGAUACUAAUCAAACUGACAACUGUGUAAUAAAUCAAGAUAAUUCAGAUACGUCUAGUCCACCAGUCAAGAAAAGGGCAACAACCACAGAUUUAGAAAAUAUUGAUGUAAUUAGUAAUAAAAAUGGUCAUUCUGAUCCGCAUAUAACAGACAUUUCUAUUGAACAUGCUGAAAAUAAUACUAAUUGUUCUCCAGAAAUGAGAGCACAAGAAGUAAUAGAGCAUUCAAAAAAUUUAAAAAGUAUUAAAUCGCAGAAUUUUGUUGAAAUAACUUGCAGCUCUCAGAAUACAGAGAAAGAAAGUCAAAUAUUGACUGCUAAUUCGAUUGCUUACAACAAAAAUAUAGAAGAAAAUCAGCCUAAUUCAAGCAUUUCUCAAAAUUCUGCAUGCAACAAAGAUAUGCAAAUAAAGUUGGAACCUACAGAAUCAAGCAGUAAUUCAGAAUUGAUUGUAUCAUUUACAAGACUCUCACCAAUUAAUAUCACUACCAAUCAAGAUUCUGAAGGAUGUUAUAACACAUGCAUUUCUACAACAGUACAGGAUCAAUUAUACUCUACUGAAAAUGCCAUAAAUGCAACUCUUACUAGUCUCAAUCCAUUAUGCCAGAUACAGUUUGGGCAAAGAUGUUCAGGAUGUGUUUUACCAAAGCAAUGCUCAACUCCAAUUUUAUCUGAUUCAUUAAAACAAGUUCCAAUAUCACAUUAUGAGGAAGUAUCUAGAUCUAAAGUUACUCUAGGAAAUUCACCAAAUCUAGCUAAUCACUCAAGAAAUAUUUCUAUGAGUCUGUUAACUAAUACUACUACUUGGUCUCAACACAGUCAAAUGAAUCCCAAGUGUUAUACAUCUGUAAGUUCUCCCAGUGGAUUUAUUUCUACUCCAGUAUCUGGCACAUCAAUACCUCUGAACAGUAGUGGAGAAGAAAUUGAAAAUAUUUCACCAGACUAUCCAAGAGCACCUCAAAAUACACCAGUGAAUUGUGAAGUGACUAGAAUAUCUGCACCUAAUUUACAUAUUAACCAAGUUAUUAGAUUAUUGGAUAAUGAACAAUAUCUUCAAUUCAGUGGUCGAGAAAAUCAUAAUGAAAAAGAAAGGAAGCGAAGAAAUCGUAUUAAAAAUGCCUGUCAAACAUUGCGUAACUUAGUACCAGGUUUGAGUAACAAAACAGAUAAAGCAACUGUUUUUGAAUUUACUGUUGAAUAUCUUAUACAUCUCAAAAAGUAUGUUGGAUCUAAAUAUGACAAGUUGGAACCUACAGAAUCAAGCAGUAAUUCAGAAUUGAUUGUAUCAUUUACAAGACUCUCACCAAUUAAUAUCACUACCAAUCAAGAUUCUGAAGGAUGUUAUAACACAUGCAUUUCUACAACAGUACAGGAUCAAUUAUACUCUACUGAAAAUGCCAUAAAUGCAACUCUUACUAGUCUCAAUCCAUUAUGCCAGAUACAGUUUGGGCAAAGAGUAAUAUUUUUAUCAAAAUGA